AGUAAUUGAUAUGAUGAUGUUCUUAGUUGUGAUAAAGAUGUAUUGAAAAUACUAGCGUUAUAUAUAAUUUGUAAAACUAAAAUAUCGUUAAAAUUUAAAUACUUUGGUGGAAAAAUAAUGGAGAAUUUAAAAUCAGAAGAAAAAACUCUCGAGAAAAAAAAAUGUACCAUUUGGAACAAUAGAACAUUGUUAGAGCGUUACCUUAUUUUGGUGUGCCUUGUCAUUUUUAUUGCCUUUCUUGUCAUGAUUGCUGUUUUAUUACAUUUUCAAAAUAUAUUUCAAAAAUCAAAGAAAGAUGUUUGCUUAAGUAACGUAUGCAAAUUUUCAGCUGGUUCCAUUCUAACAAAUAUGGACUUCACCGUAAAUCCAUGCGACAACUUUUACGAAUUUUCAUGCGGUUCUUAUCUAAAAUACGAAUAUAUUUAUGAUGAUGAAAUUCGCGAUCAUACAAUUUUAAAAAAUUAUAUCAUUUAUUUAAUAAAAGAACAACUGGAAAAGCCAGAGAAUUUCGAUGAUCCAGCUUUCGUCAAAAAAGUAAAGAAAUAUUAUCAAUCGUGUUUAAAUAAACUUAGUGACACAAAAGAGGCAAUUCAUGAAAUUUUAAGUGCAGCUAACUUAGACGGUUGGCCUCUGUCUGAAGACGAUCAUUCAAAAUUAACAAUGGAACAAGCUAUGGUAUUGUCAUACGUGUAUCAUGGCACUGGAAAUCUGUUUAAAUUUUAUAGUAGUCCAAACAUCUCUUACAUACGGAUAUAUGUUGAGAGUAAUAUAAUUAGACCAGCUGUAUUAUUGAAUACAACUGAAGAAAAGUGGAUUAAAUUUAAAGGAAGAUAUGUACAUUUGAUAGACUAUGUACUUUCUGAAUUAGAUUUGUCAACAGAAAAUAAGAAGCAUAUUGAUGAAAUAAUUGACUUUCAAACGUCUGUAGCAAGAAUUUUAGAUAAAGACUAUGAUGAUAAUUCAACGAAUACAACGAUAUCAGAAUUACAUUCCAACUGCUCACAGAUCGACUGGAAGAAUCUGUUUAUGUUUUUAUUUGAAUAUCUUCAACACCCAGAAGAAUAUAAUGAUCAAAUUUUUUUAAAAGUAAACAGCAUGGAAUUCUUGACUGACCUAUGUCAGCUUAUUGGAAACACUAAAAAUAAAAGAAUAAUUUACAACUUUCAAGUAUGGGGUAUAAUUGUUCGUUAUUUGCCUUACAUCGACAACAAUUUUAGACAGCUUUUAAUCGAUAUGAGAGAAUCUUUAAAUUACAAUCAAGAAACUUUAGUACAACUUCCGGGUAUGAAUAAAUUGAAAUGGAAAACUUGCAUUAACGAUAUGGAUAUGUAUACGGAGAUCGGAAUGAACUACGUGAUGAUAAAAUCCAUGAACAAAACAGACGACAUUAAUGAGGUGAAAAGUUAUUCCAAACAAAUACUCGAAACACUGGAUGAAAUAUUUUCUGAAGAAGAGUGGUUCGAUAGCUACAGCAAAAAUAUCGUCAGAAUGAAAUUGGGAAAAAUUCAGCAGAAUAUCGGAUAUAAAAAUGGUUUUCAAAAUGUGGAAUUCUUAAAUAAGAUGUUUGAAAAUAUCAAUAUCACAGAUAAUUAUAUCCAAAAUAUCUUAGCUAUGAUUAAGCAAAUAAUUUCCAAUGACUUGUUCAAUCAAAGUGUUUAUUUAUUUAUUCAGAAAGAUAUUUAUAUGAAUAUUAUUAAAUUUUUGUCUAUUGUAGUUAUACCAUUAGCAAUGUUACAUCAUCCCUUUUAUACUUAUGGAUUACCUCAUUAUCUUAAUUUUGGUGGUAUCGCCGUUGUAAUUGGUCACGAAUAUUCACACCCAUUCGCUCAUUUGGAUUUAAAAAAGGGAGAGGAAUCAGAAGAGGAAGUGAAAAAUUCGACAGAGGUAAACGAUGAAGAAGGAGAUAAAAUUAAUUUUUCUGAAGAAUUUUUGGAACAAUACAAGAAAAAGAAAAAUUGUCUACAAUUUCAAUACUCGGAAUUUCCAUUAGAAGGAAAUCUUACGAUUGAUGGAAAUCGAACAAUUGGGGAUAACAUCGCAGAUAACAGUGGAAUCACUGUUGCUUUUCGGGCUUACGAGAAAUAUCUUAAACGCCACGGAGAAGAACCUCAUCUUCCUGGUCUCGACUUUACAAACAAACAAAUGUUUUUCAUCGGAUAUGCUCAGAUGUGGUGUGAAUCAAUCGAAUCUAUGAAAAAAACUUUCGAACAUGAUUGGCAUAGUCCCGGAAAAUAUAGAGUCCUGGUUCCUCUAAUGAAUUCACCAGAGUUUGCUAAAGUUUUCAACUGUCCUUUGAAAAGUUACAUGAAUCCCGAGCAUAAAUGUCGAUUGUGGGGAUGAAAUAUAUUUACUGUACAUUAAAAUUCGAAACUUGUAUAAAAUAUUUUCCAUUGAUUGAAUUAGACAUUUGUUUAUACAGAUU